UCUCAAACUUGAUUGUUCAAUCUCGUUUCCACACCCCAAUAAUCACGAUGGGACUCCUCGAUCUCUUUGGCAAAGCACAACCAUCGCAGCCUGCAACAGUAUCGACCGACACGAUCAUCCCACUUAGCUUCUGGGAUGGCCGACCAUAUCAGAGCGGUAUCUGCCUGGAGGUCACUUAUCGGUUUGACGACGUGCUCGAUGUGCAGAAACUGGAUCAAUCUCUGACACGCCUACUGCAAUUGGGAGACUGGCACAAGCUCGGGGCACGUUUGCGACGGAAUUCUGCGGGGAAGCUUGAAUAUCAUAUUCCGCGGGAGUACACUGCCCAGCGACCAGGCUUCACCCUCACCUCCGAGGAGCAUCCCAUGAAAGCCUGCGAGCAUCCCGUAGCAUCGAGAAUCCCCGCAGCCACAGAUAACCCGCGCGUCCUCGGUACAGCCGACGAGAUUCUCCCCAUUUGUCGCCAUCCGCAAGCGCCUCAAGGUCUGGAUGAUUUCAUUUACACGGACCGACCCCAGCUCACGGUCCACGUCGUCUCGUUCACCGACACAACUAUCUUGACAGUCACAUUCCUCCACACCCUUAUGGACGGAAUGGGUAUGGCCAGCUUCUUCACGGCCUGGACGGCUGUACUCCACGGCCAGGAAGACCAGGUGCCGACUUUCCUCGGCUUUGACACCACGCCAAUGCACAUCCUGAACAGCAAUACUUCCGCAGAGCUGUUCGUGCACCAGGGGCUCUUACUUAGGGGGUUCCGCAUGCUUCUCGGUAUCAUGUACUUCAUGUGGGAUUUAUUUUGGCGCGGUCCGGAAGAGCAGCGCGUGUUAUGCAUCACCGGAUCAUUUGUUGACCAACUUCGAAACCAAGCGAUCCGGGAACUCGCCACCACCACUACCGCAGACAUUGCAAAGUCGUCCGAUCCUCAAGCUCCGUUCAUCAGUGAAAGCGAUGUUCUCCUAGCAUGGUGGACCCGGGUAGUGAUCAAAGCACUGAACCCGGCCCCGAGCCGCUUACUCUGCCUAAUGAAUAUCUUCGACUUCCGCUCCCUCAUCCUCCCUCCGGAGCACACUGAUCCUUCUUCAAAUGAUAUCGCCGUCAUCGGCAACGCCACAUUCCCGGCCUACACAUUCCUCCGCGUCGGCGAGAUCCUGACGAUGCCGAUUAGCCGCCUGGCCGCGCAGAUCCGCCAGUCGCUCGUCCGGCAGCGCACCCAGCCCCAAGUCGAGGCCCUGGCGGCGCUCAUCCGGUCGACUACGGAAGCGAACGGCGUUGACGCGACGCUCUUCGGUGAAACCAAUUCACUCCUCAUGGCGUGUUCGAACUGGCACAAGGGCAGGCUCUUUGAGAUCGACUUCUCGAAGGCAGUCACCUCGGUCGGCGAGCAAGAAUAUACGCGGACCAACCCUGUGGGACGACCGUCCUAUCUGGUCGCGAAUGCCAGUGUGAACGGACCCAUGCCGACGAAUCUUGGUCCCGUAAUGGGCAAGGAUGCGGGCGAGAAUUGGUGGAUGACGUGGAAGUUGCCUCGGUGGGCGUGGCCUAUGGUUGAAGCGCAGGUCAAUCAAGUGGGUGAGUCAAUGAUCCAGAGUGGAGUGAAGAGAGUACAGUAGCACUAGAGUUGUACCCAGUGUUGGUGAUGGAGAGGCAUACAUGUCGUUACUUCCUUUCUUUGAGCUGCUCGCAACUGUAUAGUUUGUAGACUCUGGGGGAUGUCUGAGCAAGUGGUUCAAUCCUACGCACGGCUUGAUGGUGAAGUGGUCAGUGGUAAGUUUUGAAUGAGCCCGGACUUCGCCGUACGUUUUCAGAGAACCCUCACUCAAUACAUACUCCUCGUGUUUGGGCCGGGCUUCAGGGUUUGGUUGAAAGAAUCGACGUAUCAUCAACAUCCAAUCAGU